UGUUUACUUUCUAUUGAUCCAGGAAUUACAAGAGUGUUCUUCGGGUCAGAUUUUAUAACAGUUACAAAAUCAGAGGAAGCAUCCUGGGAUUUUCUGAAACCUGAAAUAUUUGCUGCAAUCAUGGAUUUCUAUGCAUCUGGAAAACCACUUUUUCUGGAUUCCAAUGCGGCAGCUUCUAUGGACACGGCAAUUCAUGAGGAUGAUUCUGAAAUUGUUGCAAUGAUCAAAGAAUUGUUAGAAACCCGGAUCCGGCCUGCCGUGCAAGAUGAUGGUGGCGAUAUUGAAUACCGUGGAUUUGAUCCUGAUACUGGGAUUGUUAAACUAAAGAUGCAAGGAGCUUGUAGCGGCUGCCCGAGCUCAUCAGUAACCUUGAAAUCCGGCAUUGAAAACAUGCUCAUGCAUUAUGUUCCCGAGGUCAGAGGAGUAGAACAGGAAUUAGAUAAUGGAGAUGAGGACACGUUGUUGAAUAGCCAGAUGGAUUGACAGAAGAAAUAUUUUUUGGCUAAUUAUCUGCUCUCUGGAAUUUCCUAUUUUCCUUUACUGACUCCGAAUACAUUGGCAAAUCAGGGAAGAAUCAGGAGUUCUAGUUUAGGUUAGUGGCUA